GGCGGGGCGGGAACGCUUGGCCCGCCCCUCCGUGGUUGCCUGGCGACGACUCCGCCGCAUCGUCCGCCGCCGCCGCCGCUAUGGGCAAGAAGGGCGAGCGGGGCGCCAAGGACAAGAGCGCCGCGCAGGAGGAGGAGGCGCGCAUCGCGGCGCGCAGGGCAGAGCACGGCGAAGAGGAGUACGUGUGCGGCGGCGCCCUGGAACUGGACUUCCCCGAGCUGUGCGCCCGCGCCGGGCUGCAGGAGGCUCCCCGCGUGGUCAGCCGCCCCCACCCGCCCGCCGGAGGCGCCCCGGAGGAGCCCGAGGGUCCGGGCGGGGCCGGCCCGGCGUGGGAACAACGGGAGGCGCUGCCGGCGCUGGCCCAGAUCCAGGCCAAGUACGGCUACUUCCGCCCGGCCGUGCAGGUGGAGCUGGAGCACGAGGACCCCAAGAGCGCCCGCGAGGUCUUCAUUCGCAGCUGGAAGAUCGAGGAGAAGAUGCUGGGCGUGCUGGCCAAGUGCCUGCCGGCCCUCGCCCACCUCCAGGCCCUGCACCUCUGGAAGGUCGGCCUGAGCGACGCCGCCUUCCUCGCCCUGCUGCCCAUGCUGGCCGCCUGCGCCAACCUCAAGACGCUGGUCUUGGAAGGGAACCCUCUGCCCGAGCGCUCCUUCUACAAGCUGCUUUCGGAGGAGAGCAGCUUGGCCCACCUCUCCUUGCGCAACAACUGCAUCGACGACCAGGCGGUGCUGCUGAUCGGCCAGGCGCUCUCCUCACUCCGCAGCUCCAACAAGAACUUGGCCUCCAUCAACCUCAGCUACAACCACAUCACGGACAUGGGGGCCACCCACCUCGCCAACGGCCUGCGCCUCAAUCGGUCCCUGCUGUCCUUGUCAUUAGCUCAUAACCAGAUAGGGGACGAGGGCGCCCAGAAGCUGGCCGAGGUGCUCGGCCCCUUUGCCCUCACCCACACGGAGGUGGUGGAAAGGCGACGGCUGCUGCUGGAGAAGGAGGCCCAGGAGAGAGGCCGCCUGCCCCAGAGACACUUGGAGCUGAAGGGCGACCGCCCGGCCAGCCACGUCAGCAGCACCACCAUCGACAAGCUGCAGAGCGCCAAGGGUGCCAAGGCCGUCGUUAAGAAGAAGGAACCCACCAAAAAGGAGGAGAAGGGCCCAGCAGGUGGAGCGGCUCCUGCACAGCCACCGGCAGCCCCAGCGGCCCAGGCCAAGAAGGAGGACGCCAAGCAAUCCAAGAAAGCCGUCCCCCCGGUGGAUCCCAAAGCGAAGGGGGCCAAGGGAGUGAAGCUGGGUUCUAAGGACAAGCGGUCCCAGAUCCUGGAAGUGGAGAUCCUGGAGCCCACCGAGAUGAUGAACCCCUUGCUGGAACCAGCAGAACACCGCGAGGGGCAAGUUUUCCUUCAGGGGAACCGGGUUUUGAUCUACCUGAACCUCAUGCGCAAUCACAUCUCGGAGAGCGGCCUGAAGGCCUUCCUGGCCACGGUGGAGUACCAGGUCAGCCGGAUCCUUCCUGGGGGGAAGGGGCCAACCGGCCUCCUGCAUCUCUCUCUGGCGGAUCCAGGAGCUCAUGGGGCCCCGAGACCCCCUCCCCAGGGCCUCCAAGCCAGAGGAGGAGCUGCUGGCCGCUGCCCAGUAAGCCCAGCCCAGCUUCUCGCCCAGGAUCCUGUGCCCGGAAGCUCCAAGCCAAACCUCCGGGUGGAGCCCCCAAGACUCCCUUGUCGACCGGAAGGGCGGAUUUCUCUAUUCUGCCCAUUAAAAGCCACAUGAGAAAACCUGGAAUUAUCUUCUGGUGUAAAAAGUUACAGGUGGGGGGGGGGGGAAGACUGUUAAACCUGGCGGUAUCGGAGGGCCCACGGGCGCCCCUCCUCUCUGGCUGGGUGGUCCAGAUCCAAGGGUGGGCACCAGCCUUCCCGCCGGCAGGGCAGACCCUCCCUCCAAGCCCACCCCUCUCCUUUUCAACUCAAAGUCAGGGGACUUGUGCUGGCAGAAGAGCUGGACAGCUGUCACUUUUAAAUGGAAAAACAGACCUCUCUCACGUGGUGCAAGAGGUUGAAUAUUUUACUUUUUUUGUUGAAAAAUCAUUUAGCACUGAAAGCAAUAAAAUAAAAUUGGCUUUCAGCAUUG